AACGAUGCAUUGUUCAUGAAAAAUGUAUAAAUGCAUUGGUAAUUUUUGAAACAAUUAGUUUCACAUUAAUAUGACCAUGAAAGCUCAAUAGGUAUGUUCAAAUAAAGUGCCCAACUUACGAGAACAUAAUUUUUUUCGGUGGCUGGCGAGUUGUGAUUUUUUCAAAAUGGUUAUCGCAUCGCAAAUCGCGAAGUUUUACGAGUCUAAAAAAGUCCUCAUUACUGGAGGCACCGGAUUUAUGGGUAAAGUGUUAAUAUGGAAGUUAUUACAGAGUUGUCCAGCAUUGGAUACCAUAUUUGUUUUGAUACGACCUAAACAUGGUGAAAGUCCGAAAUCUCGAAAAGAAAAAUUAUUCGACUCUCCGAUUUUCAACAAUUUCAAAGAAAAUAAUCCCAAUAUACUCCAAAAAGUUGUAUUUGUAUCGGGAGAUGUCGGAGAAGAUAAAAUAGGACUAUCAGACGUAGAUUAUGAUAUGUUAGUUGACCAAGUAUCCAUUAUAUUUCACAGCGCUGCUAUUUUGAAAAUGAACUCCCCUUUAAAAACUGCUAUCAAUGUAAAUACCGUUGGAACAAUCAGGAUGCUGGAUAUGGCCCAACAGAUGAAAAAAUUGGAGGCAUUUGUCUACGUUUCUACCGCGUAUUGUUGUUGUGAAAAUAGCACAGUUGAAGAAAAAAUUUAUAUUUCAAAGCAUAAUCCGUGUGAUAUAAUUAAUCUCAUUCGAUGGAUGGAUCCCGAGUUAUUAGAAACACUGACACCGAAAUUAAUUUAUCCAUCACCCAACACAUAUGUUUAUAGCAAAAGGCUCACAGAAACUAUUUUGUCUGAACGCGCUUCCGAAGUUCCCAUAAUAGUGGCAAGACCCAGUAUAGUUGCGCCUGCUUUUGAGGAGCCCUUAGCUGGAUGGAAUGAUACAUUUAAUGGACCAGUGGGAUUUUUUGUGGCAGCAGGAAAGGGUAUAAUCCGUACCACUAUGUUGAAUUUAGAUGCAAAGUCUGAAUUAAUACCAGUUGAUAUGGCAAUUAAUAGCAUUUUAGUUUUACCUUGGGACACUUCGCGAGAAAAAUUACUGAACGAAAUUAGUGUAUACAACAUUUCACCAAAUUCGCAGGAAAAUUUCACUUGGCGCUAUAUAUCAAAUUGUCUUAAAAAUACAAGUACAAGGUAUCCACCUGUGACGUUGUUCUGGUACCCGAAUUUCAACCCAGCCGCCAAUAAUAUCUUCGUAUACACGAUUAAAUGCAUUUUCCUGCAUUACUUACCAGCUUACACAAUAGAUUUUGUUUUAUUGAUAAUUGGUCAAAAACCUUUCCUAGUUCGUCUUCAUGAUAGAAUCAGACUGGGUGAAAAAAUAUUGAUAUAUUUCACUCGACGACAAUGGACAUUUGUGCACGAUAAACUACUGCAACUGGAGGAACGGUUGAAUGAUACCGAUAAACAGCUUUUUUUGAUAAAUACUAGACAUAUAAAAGAUUAUCAGAACUACAUGGAUGAUAUCGUACUAGCAACCAAAGUUUACACUUUUAAAGAAAAUUUGAAGGAUAAUGAUAAAGCGAAAAGAACAUUAAAUAUAAUGUAUGUAGUGGAUAUAAUCGUUCAAGUUUUGAGAUACGUUGUUUUAUGGAAAAUACUCAUGUUCGCGUAUAACUUGUUCUUCGAAGUUUUUCAUCAUUAGAGAGAUACCUUAUGAAGUCCUGUUUAUACAAACACAGACAAACGAAUUGAAAUCCUUAAUGCUUUUCCGGGUAAGAAGGACCUAUACCUACCUAGAUUAAAACGUGCAUUUUACUUUUGUAUAGAAAGAUUUACUCAGUGGAUACUUGUAAAUUUCUUUACUGUUUCAAUUAAAAUAAAAUUUCAAAUCAUUGGAAAAAUUUCUUAUCAACGUGUAAUGAACAUAGAUACCUACCUACUUAGAUAAUUAUAUUCUAUUCUAUGAAUUUAAACUCAGCAACAGAUUGUCACUCUUGGUAAUUCAAUAUUCACCAACUUUUUGUUUGUUUUUUGUUUUUUUAAUUUUUUUGGUAGGUAUUUUUGAAAAAAGAAAAUAAAUUAUUAUUAUUACCAUUUAUUA